AUGGACCAUCUCGUCACUGCUUGCAAGUGGUUUAUGCUGCUGGCUCCUACAAUUUAUUGGCUGUUGAGUGUUUAUGCUAAUGGCUCGCUGAGAAAUCUCGCUGCGGAUGUCAUCAAAAUAGACGUACCUAUUGUCCUCGCCCAGUUCCUCUGUCGUGUUCUUUGCGAACAACAAAACAAUGCGUCGUGGGGAGACUCAGUCGAAGGAACUUCGUAUGGGAUUCUGCCGAUCUCGUACGUUCUCAAACUGCCUUGGUCCCUUACCAUCAGACAGCACGCCGAAACCGCCUUCUCCAAAACGAGUACAUACUUAGCAGCUCACUUUGACGAGCUGGCAACUAACGACUCUUCAAAACCCACAACACCAAGAUGGCAAAGAUGGCCCAGCUCUUUAGCUAACUUCUUCAAGGACUCUCGGCAACAACCAUGGCAUUGGUUAUUCAUGAAGCAGCAAUUUAUUCAAGCCGUCUCAAGAAACUCCCCGGCGUUUGAGGAUCUCGAGAAAUAUCUGCUGGCGCACAUGUCGAACAACGGAGAAGGCACCAGCAUGAUAGAGGCCGGGCACCGGUCGCCUGGCACGAUCAAGUCCCCUACUAUGAUUGGGUCCGUAGGACCGGUGCCAACAGCACGAGUUGUCCAUAUGCAUUCGCCUUCAUUCGUCUUAUUUUGCUGCCUCAUAAGCACCAUCAGCUCUCACUGCCUAGCCUGGAUGGAGCAGAGGUACCUCGCAAGGGAGAUGUGCUUGCAUCAUGCCACCUUUUACCGCCAGUACAAUAACUACGACUCUAUGAGGCGAGAUGAUGCGGAAGGCAACCUCAACAGUCUGCACUUCCAUGAGUUCACAGGCGAAAAUGAACAGAGCCUGUAUUAUCAACUAACAGUUGAAGACGGCAGAAGAGAGAUACCUCUCAAGAAGGCGAAAGGAUUUCUGAUGAAGGUGGCUGGCGUAGAGAGAGCUAUUAUGCAGGUUUGCUGGGGCACGCUCUCGUCGAGCCUUGAGAAAGAUAUAUAUGCGGCACUAGAUAUUGCCAGCAAAAUGCAGAGAUAG